UACGUGUGCCGCUCUCUGUGUCCCGGUCAUCUCACUGCCUUUUUCUUGCUAUAUAGAUUUGAGAAGGUGGAAAACAUAUUGUUACGCGGAUAGAUUUUUUGUACCUUUGUUUACCGGAACCUUCUUGCACGUAAAUUACCCGCGAUAGCUUUACUGGUAACUCCCAUGUUGUAGUUCCUGUCAUGGCUAUUAUCCAUAUAAUUCCAUAUUUUUCUUCUUUUCGCAAUGUCCUGGUUCUCUCCGUUGUAAUACGCGUCGUUCUCAUCGUCUACAGCGAGUGGCACGAUGCUCGUUCCCUCGUCAAGUACACCGAUAUCGAUUACCGUGUAUUCAGUGACGCCGCGUCGUUUCUUUUGCAUCCAGGAGAGGGGAAUAUCGCUCAAGGUCCUUUGAAAAACUGGAUCCAACUUGGAGACCCGUAUACCCGGGAGACAUACCGUUACACCCCACUGCUUGCCCUUCUGCUAGCGCCUAACGAAUGGGUACAUCCUUCCUUUGGAAAAUAUCUCUUCGCUGCAUGCGACAUCGUUAAUGGGCUGCUGAUAUAUCGGCUCACCCGGGCGACACGCUUCAGCGCUCUUCACAUGCUCAACCCAAUGGUUUUUUCAAUAUCGACUAGAGGGUCCUCCGAGUCUGUUCUAUCCCUCCUAGUGCUCCUCACACUGUAUGCUGCCCUUACGGAUCGCUGGAAAACGGCCGCAGUCAUGCUAGGCGUCAGCACCCACUGGAAGAUCUACCCAGGGAUAUACGGUGUUGCUUGUUUGGCCGUCCUUGCGAAGGGCAACUCAAUUGUGAAUUGGCGUGGGAUUUCUUUUGGCCUGCUGAGUGUCUUUACAUUCGGAAUCUUGGGUGUAGGGUGCUAUCUUGUUUGGGGGUAUCCUUUCCUCUAUGAAUCGUACCUGUAUCACCUACACCGGCUUGACCACCGACACAAUUUCUCACCUUAUUUCUACCUGACAUACUUGACGUAUCCUGUCGGGGAUCCUGAGGACUCUCAAGGAUUGUUCUCUCGAGUCAUUCGCUCCCCUUUGACAAGUUUUCUUCCUCAAAUGACGCUUGUCCUUGGAUCGGGCCUAGCGUUAGGCCGCAGAAAGGAUGACUUGGUAUUCGCAUGGUUUGUUCAAACAGCCGUGUUUGUUAUCUUCAACAAAGUUUGCACAUCACAGUACUUCCUCUGGUAUCUACUCCUUCUUCCUCUCCUCCUUCCUUCGAUCCACAUGUCGACACGCAAGGCAUUCACUUGUCUUGCCGUCUGGGUCGGUGUCCAAGCUCUAUGGCUCAGCGAAGCGUACAAGCUAGAGUUUCUGGGACAAAAUGUGUUUUGGGGGCUAUGGCUGCGAGGAUUGGUGUAUGUUGUGGGAAAUUGCUGGGUUCUUGCUGAAAUUAUGAAUGGAUACAAGAGACCCUCGUCCACAGGCGUCAUGGAGAAGUAAUUCCCUUCGCUUACAUUGAUGAAGCACUAGGCCACCGAUUUCUCCCGUCCGUGCAUCCCCAAUUGCUACAUA